AUGGCCAGAGCCACGUGGAACGGCGGAGUGGACUGCCUCCCUCGAGGUAGAGCCCUCCGUGUCUCGGGAACUCAACUUGCCCUUUCGGUGUUUUGCAGCGCGCACGGCGCGGGGGAAUCUGCCAUGGAUUGCGGUGGCGGGCCCGCGGGCAGCUCCACGGUCGCUAGCAAUAAGUCCCUCGCCCCGGCCUCGGCCACCCGCGACUCGAGCUCGGGAGAGAGCGGGCCCGGGCCGGCCCGCGCGGGAGUCGGCGCGCGCUCCGGGGGCGGGCGACCCGCGGCAGCGAACGCCGCGCGGGAGCGCAGCCGCGUGCAGACCCUGCGGCACGCCUUCCUGGAGCUGCAGCGCACGCUGCCGUCCGUGCCGCCCGACACCAAGCUGUCCAAGCUGGACGUGCUGCUGCUGGCUACCACCUACAUCGCGCAUCUCACGCGCAGCCUGCAGGACGACGCCGAGGAGCCAGCGGACCCCGCGCUGGGCGCCCUGCGCGGCGACGGCUACCUGCACCCGGUCAAGAAAUGGCCCAUGCGAUCAAGGUUAUACAUUGGUGCUACCGGUCAGUUUCUGAAGCAUUCCAUCUCUGGAGAAAAGACAAAUCAUGGUGGCACUUCUACAGACUCUCAGCCUUAA